AUGGCUCAUUUGGUCGACAGAGUUCGACAGGUUGAGAGCCUGGAGGCUGAGGAAGUCAGAGUGAACAAGGGUAAGAAGGAGCGUGUGGACUUUGUUAACAUUAAACAAAAUGACUUGACAUCAGAUGUCGAAUACAACCAUGUGGAAGAAAUUGAGGUUGAUGUGGCUGAGAUAAAGCUAGAUCCUUCAUAUGUGUGUAAGUUGCUUACGUCUAUAAAUGGGAAGAAUAAUAAAUUCCCUAAGAAAACCUAUACCUUUGACAUGGCCAUAUGUGAUGAGGUUUUUGACUUAUUGGUCGCAGAUGGUCAAGUGCUAGUUCCACAAGGCGGGAAAGUACCACCAUUAGAACAAAGAAAGAAACGAGGGUUUUGUAAAUAUAAUAAUUUUCUAGGGCAUAAGACCUCACAAUGCUUUAUUUUCAAGGAUCUUGUUCAAACUACGUUAAACGAAGGAGGAUUGAAAUUUUCUAAAGGCAGAGCUCCAAUGAAGAUCGACUCCGACCCGCUACAAGUUAGGGAUGCUAGUUAUGUGGAGCCUAUAACAAUCAACAUGGUCGAAAUUACUGAGGAUUUCGACAUGGGUGGAUUUCAAAGUGAGAGAUUCAAAAGUGAUGUUGUAUCCUCGAUGUAG